CGCAGACACACGUUCACAGGCGGGCAGGCAGGUUGUGCAAUCGACGGAGGAAGAACCGGGCGUCUUGAGUCGGUGGAAGUAUCCGAGCAGCAGGAGCCCAAACGCGGCCGGUGGGUGGAGGCAGAGAGUCCGCAGCUACCGCACAGCCUCUUUGACAACCUCGAGAGAAAGAAGCCGCCCGCACCGAGUGACGUCCACGGUAAGGAGCUGCCUGAAGGCCAGAACCUCGACGACUGAGAGGAGCAGACAACAGAGGGAACGACCAGACUGACAGACAUCUGCAGCGGGCAGCAACAUGGCGUCCAUAACGUCCAUAGCGGAAUACUACGCCGGCAAGAAUGUCAUGAUCACGGGGGCCACGGGCUUCAUGGGAAAAGUGCUGGUGGAGAAGCUGCUGAGGUCGUGCCCCGAGGUCAAAGCCCUCUACAUCCUGGUCAGACCCAAAGCCGGGCAGUCCAUGGAGCAGAGGGUCAGCGACAUGAUGAAGUGCAAACUUUUCGACCGCGUGCGGGAGGACAACCCCGACUUCCACCAGAAAAUCUUCCCCAUCAGCAGCGAGCUGAUGGAGCCGGGCCUCGCCAUCAGCCCGGAGGACGUGGAGAAGCUCAGCGCCUGCAUCCACAUCAUCUUCCACUGCGCCGCCACCAUCCGCUUCGACGAGCCGCUCAAACUCGCCCUGCGACUGAAUGUAAUCGCCACGCAGCAGCUCCUCAGCCUGGCCCACCAGAUGCACCACCUCGAGGCCUUCAUUCACUACUCCACCGCCUAUGCAAACUGCAACCGCAAGCACAUCGAUGAGGUCAUCUACCCGCCGCCCAUCGAACCCCAGAAGCUGAUCGAGUCCCUCGAGUGGAUGGAUGACAGCAUGGUGCGGGACAUCACGCCGGGCCUCAUCGGCGAACGGCCCAACACCUACACCUACACCAAAGCCCUGGCCGAGUACGUGGUGCAGCAGCAGCAGGACAAGCUCAACAUCGGCAUCAUCAGACCCUCCAUAGUGGGAGCCAGCUGGCAGGAGCCGUUCCCUGGUUGGAUCGACAACUUCAACGGGCCGAGCGGAGUCUUCAUAGCUGCCGGUAAGGGAAUCCUGCGCACCAUGAGAGCCAACAACGAUGCGGUGGCUGAUCUGAUCCCUGUGGACGUGGUCAUCAACCUCACUCUGGCUGCCGGCUGGUACACGGCUGUACACAGACCCAAAACAGCUCUGGUGUACAACUGUACGACCGGUGGCAUCAACCCGUUCCACUGGGGAGAGAUCGAGCACCACGUGAUGUCGUCCUUCAAGAGGAACCCUCUGGAGCAGGCCUUCCGCCGGCCCAACGCAAACAUCACCUCCAACUACCUGAUCUACCAGUACUGGAUCCUGGUCAGCCACAAGGUCCCCGCCCUCCUCUACGACUUCUUCCUGCGACUCACCGGAAAGAAGCCGCAGAUGAUGCGCAUCUUUAAUCGUCUGCACAAGGCCAUCGACCUGUUGGAGUAUUUCAGCGGCCAGGACUGGGACUGGAAAUCGGACAAUAUGAGCAUGUUGUUGAAACAGCUAACACCAGAGGACAAGAAGACGUUUAACUUUGACGUGCGUCAGCUGAACUGGCCCGAGUACAUCGAUAACUACUGCAUCGGCACCAAGAAGUACGUCCUGAACGAGGACAUGGCCGACAUUCCUCUCGCCCGGCAACAUCUGAGGAAACUGAGGAACAUCCGCUACACCUUCAACACUCUGCUGAUCAUCUUCAUCUGGAGGAUCUUCAUCGCCCGCUCGGAGAUGGCCCAAAACAUCUGAAAUCAGCAGGACACGUUUCGGUGUGGAUUAUGGAGGAUCUCUACGUGCGGGGGCGGCGGUCGAGUGGAGCACUCAGGAUGGAGGAAAGACGUCUACCAGCCGUGAAUUAUGUGUUUCAUUUUGGAAAUCCGUCACCAAUUCCCCGUCCAGAAAAAAGUGUUCACUCUUUUUCGAACCCUCUUCUUCUCAAAGUGGCCAAUUAUAUAUGCAACAAUAAGCCUUCUGGGUGAUUUCUACUUUCUUCUCCACCACAUGGGCUCCAUCCUCUUGGAUCUCGGUACACUGCCUUUUGCCUUGGGAUGACUUCUUCUCUUUUUUUUCAUACUUGAAAUCUAGCAGUUCUUCAGUGGAGGACAAUUUCUACGAGGUUAUUUGGGGUCUUGGUUUUUUACUGUGGGGGAAGCCACUUCCUGUCUUUAUUGAUGCGCAGGUGAUUUGGAUAUCUGCACGUCAUGUAUUAUGUGUUUCUACUGCCUUUUUAACAUAACACACACACACACACACACAACUGACUAGUGUUACCCGUCUCAAGGUCAAUCCACACAUUACUGAUACCAGGAUUAAAGCAAAAACCCAAACACACACACACACACACACACAGAAAACCGCAUCACUAGAUACGGAACAUAUAGAUCUGCCGUCUUUCUUGCUGAGGUCUUCACUUAAUUUACCGUCACACGAUUCUGUCUCGGAACACUCAUCCACUUUUUGCCUGUUUGUACAGAAGUUUGUACUGAAACUAAGUUUACUACUUUUACAUCUUUAUACUUGCGUCGAAGGCUCGUCUGUUACGUGGUAGACCUUGGCAGUGUAUUAUAUAUAAAUAAGAGUACAUCAGAGUUGAGUUUAUUUGUAUAGCCCAGUGGGAUAUAUUGUACAGUGUUCCCUACUGUUUCUAACCGAGCGCCGCGAACUUUGACCUUUCAGGAAGUAACUUCAGAACAGAAGUGGUUAAAUAAGGUUCUUGGUUUAUCUUAUUUUAGAGAGAAGGUGAAAACUGCCACAGUGACUCAACUGUAAUGCUAAUACACCGCUUGAAGAAAAGAAGGGAACACUUAUAUCACCAAGUCGGGUAAACUUGAGCAGAGUGUAUGAAAGCUGACUGAAGCUAUGAAAGCUACAAGCCGGAGCUUUUCCACCUCAGCUUCAUGUGUGAGAAAAGAAGGAUCUUUGUAAAGCAGCUGUUGACUGUGAGUAAACAGGCCGGAGUCUGGAGCCAUUGUUGUUACUGAUUGCAAUAUAUAGACUGUCAUCUGCUUAGAGGGAAAACAUAAUGUAUUUGCAAGUUGAUAUACAAAACAAAAGUAGUGGACCGAGUAUGGAGCCUUGAGGGACUCCCUACCCCAAUCGAUGGAUGGGCAGCUGUUUUUAAGAAAGACAAACUGCGUAUGAUGUCUGGACCUAAAUCACAAGAGUGACAGAUUAUAACCCCCCCGCCCCCUGUGUUACAUUCUCGACCCCUGUUUGGAAAAUCUGUACAUAUCUGAACUUGCAUAUUAUUCUUAUAGAUUACCCCAAAAACUGUAUUUUACUGUAGAAUUCUUGUGCGUGGUGAGUGACUCCACGGGAUUCCAACGCAGAGCUUCCGACAGAGUCUACCAAGAAGUGUUAAAAUGGUGACGGGCGAUUUUUUUUAACUAAACUGUACAACGUUGUACAGGUUGACUCUUGACUGAGUACAAAUACAUAAGUUAUGAGCGUUUAUGGGAGAAAAAGGGAUACAAAUAAAUAAAAAUUUAUGCAAAAAUGUCUGUGGUUUACCGUCCUUAAUUUCAGAGGAUGGUAAACCACAAUGUCUGCAGCAGCGCCUGUAUGAACUUUGCAGAGCGCCAGGAAACCCGAGGACAGGAGCUAGUACACUGUAUGUCAGCAAAACAGCAACACAUAAUCAAUAACGUCAUGUUCUUCUUUCUGGUGUCAUUUGCAACAUGUCUGACCGCCUGUGUUCCCGGCUCUGACAUCACGUCGUUCAAGUCUGCUUGGCAAAACUGAAAUAAACAACAAGAUGGAAUUAAACAA